AAAAUUUCACACGGUUGAAAAUCAGUGAUUACUGUUGUCCUCUCGACGCUGAAAUUAUGUUGAAGUCCACUUCGGAAGUAGCCUAUAUAGCACCAGAGGUGCUUCGAACAAAAACAUUUACAUACCAGAGUGAUGCAUAUAGCCUUGGAAUUAUCUUGUGGGAGGUUCUCGCACGGAAAAGGCCCUAUUACACUUUCAUGGAUGUUCUUCCACAAAGCUUAUUGAAAAUGAUUCAAGUUACAGGCAUGCGUCCGGCUUUAAGUGAUAUAAGAAAAUUGGAACUGGAGUCCAUAGAAGAAUUUAUUGAACUUUGUUGGCAUCAGGAUGAACUGAAACGUCCAGAUCCGUGUAUUUGGUUUGUACAUCUUGAUAGACACUGCACAGAUACCAACCGUAACAAGAUUAUUGGAUCUUACGAGCAGAUCAAUUAUGAGGAUAUUGAAUUUAUUGAGGCUAUUGGAAGUGGCAGUUUUGGCAUAGUCUACAAAGCGAAAUGGCUUCAGAAUGAUGUCGCUGUCAAAAUAUACAAAAAUAGGAAAGAUAUAAAUUUCCGACAUGAGGCCAAACAGCUAUCCCGAACUAACCAUGAGAGUAUUAUUAAACUAUAUGGUAUAUGCGAUCACAAUGGCUCCGUAUAUUUAGUCAUAUCUUACGCAGAGUGCGGAUCUCUCUAUAACUAUUUGCACGGAGACGAGCACAAUGAGUAUACCAUGGCAAGGGCCUUAGACUGGAUGAGUCAGUUUACUCAGGGUAUUAAUCACAUACAUUCCAUGAAGCCAAGACCGCUGAUUCAUCGUGACUUAAAGAGUCAGAAUCUACUACUAACCACAAAUUAUCAGAAAUUGAAAAUUGGAGAUUUCGGCACUGUGACGGAUCUGAGAUCUCUGAUGACGUGUGAGCGUGGCACUGCCGCUUAUAUAGCCCCAGAGGUUCUCUUUGGAAACAAGUAUACGGAGAAGUGCGACAUUUAUAGCUUUGGGACAGUUCUCUGGGAGGUGAUGGCGCGCAGGAAGCCAUUUCAUCACAUGGAGAAUCCAAACGCAUGUGCAAUGAUAAAUCAAGCAUCGAAGGGUGAACGGCCACCCUUAGAUGAUUUGAUACCGCGUUGCGUGGAGCUACGGACUCUGAUUGAAAAUUGUUGGCAUCAGGAUCCAGAGAAGCGGCCCUCAGUGAAACAAAUUAAACUUAAUAAUAUUCCAUGUGCUAAUAUUUCAAUCAGAGCACUACGAUAAAUA